GGCCCGGGCUUGAUUAGGUAGGAGGCGGCGGAGCGCCGGCGGCGGCCGGAAGUAGCCGAAGCGAGCGGCGGAAGUAGCCGAAGCGGCCAGAGCGGGCGGGCGGCAAGGCGAGGCCAGAGCUGCACAGGGCCCUUACGCGGCCGCCUCAGCAUGUCGGACUUCGACGAGUUCGAGCGGCAGCUCAACGAAAAUAAGCAAGAGAGAGACAAGGAGAACCGACACCGGAAGCGUAGUCACAGCCGCUCUCGAAGCCGGGACCGCAAGCGCCGGAGCCGGAGCCGCGACCGGCGCAACCGGGACCAGCGCAGCGCCUCCCGGGACAGGCGGCGGCGAAGCAAACCUUUGACCAGAGGCGCUAAAGAGGAGCACGGUGGAUUGAUUCGCUCCCCCCGCCACGAAAAGAAGAAGAAGGUCCGUAAAUACUGGGAUGUACCGCCACCUGGCUUUGAGCACAUCACCCCCAUGCAGUACAAGGCCAUGCAAGCCGCGGGUCAGAUUCCAGCCACCGCCCUUCUUCCCACCAUGACCCCUGACGGCCUGGCUGUGACCCCGACGCCGGUGCCCGUGGUCGGGAGCCAGAUGACCAGACAGGCCCGGCGUCUCUACGUGGGCAACAUCCCCUUUGGCAUCACUGAGGAGGCCAUGAUGGAUUUCUUCAACGCCCAGAUGCGCCUUGGGGGGCUGACCCAGGCCCCUGGCAACCCCGUCUUGGCUGUGCAGAUUAACCAGGACAAGAACUUUGCUUUCUUGGAGUUUCGCUCCGUGGAUGAGACCACCCAGGCCAUGGCUUUUGAUGGCAUCAUCUUCCAAGGCCAGUCGCUGAAGAUCCGCAGGCCUCAUGACUACCAGCCCCUGCCUGGCAUGUCGGAGAACCCCUCUGUCUACGUGCCUGGAGUUGUGUCCACCGUGGUCCCGGACUCUGCCCACAAGCUGUUCAUCGGGGGCUUACCCAAUUACCUGAAUGAUGACCAGGUAAAAGAGCUGCUGACAUCAUUCGGGCCUCUCAAGGCCUUCAACCUGGUCAAGGACAGUGCCACGGGGCUCUCCAAGGGCUAUGCCUUCUGUGAGUACGUGGACAUCAACGUUACAGAUCAGGCCAUCGCAGGGCUGAACGGGAUGCAGCUGGGGGAUAAGAAACUGCUCGUGCAGAGGGCAAGUGUGGGAGCCAAGAAUGCCACGCUGGUGAGCCCCCCGAGCACCAUCAACCAGACCCCCGUGACCCUGCAAGUGCCAGGCCUGAUGAGCUCCCAGGUGCAGAUGGGCGGCCACCCGACUGAGGUCCUGUGCCUCAUGAACAUGGUGCUGCCUGAGGAGCUGCUGGACGACGAGGAGUACGAGGAGAUUGUGGAGGACGUGCGGGAUGAGUGCAGCAAGUAUGGGCUCGUCAAGUCCAUUGAGAUCCCCCGGCCUGUGGAUGGCGUCGAGGUGCCCGGCUGUGGAAAGAUCUUCGUGGAGUUCACCUCUGUGUUUGACUGCCAGAAAGCCAUGCAGGGCCUGACGGGUCGCAAGUUCGCCAACAGAGUGGUUGUCACAAAAUACUGUGACCCCGACUCUUACCACCGCCGGGACUUCUGGUAGAGGUGGAGGGGGAGGGUGGGGGAAGGGCUGGCUGGGGGCUGCUCCCCCUCCCACCCCCCCUCUUUUCUCCCUCUGAAGAAGAUGGGCAGAGGAGUGACAGCCGAAUGACAGCCGGCAGCAACUGGAAUGGCAGCAAUUAGGGUGGGGUGGGGGUUGGGGUGGGGAGGGAAUUGGGGAAGUGCGCGCACAGGCCCACACAGACACAUGCACCCAGACACAGAGGGAAGGGGUCGGGAUGGGGAGGGGGUGCACAGCAGGGCGGGGUAGGACCCCCAGAGCCCCUCCCCAAAACAGCCUCUCCUCCCUUUUACCCUCUUUCUCCCCUUCCCCACCGUAGAAACAUAGUGUGUUUAUAUUUUAUGGCCAAACUAUUUUGAAUUUUGUUGUCCGACCCCCAGAGCCCUGCCUUCUCCCUUUCCAGGACCACAGCUCCCGUCCUCUUGGCCUCUGGUCCUCUCCCUGGUGCCCGCCCUCCCCGGUUUCUUACGUAGUUGAUUCUCUUCUCCUUAGUCUUCCCCGACCUGUGCCCCAGCCCCGUGGCCCCGUCCCUCUCCUCUCUGUGGCAGUUUCAUAUUUGCUAAGACGAAUUUGCUCAUUAAACAUUUUGUUGUAUUUUACUUUA